AUGGACCCUUUCCAGUUCGAAUAUGGCCCGGCCAUGGAAUACCCCGAUUCGAAUACCAGCGCUGGCAUGAAUUUCCAGGGACAGCAAGUUUACUCUGACUCUCACGAGUACGAGCUCACUAACGAGCUUUAUGCUCCUGGAGUUUACAACGAGUAUGCCAUCUCUCAGUCGAAAUACGCAUAUUCCACCGAAUCAGGGGGAGGCAUGGGAGUCGCUGUCGGACUUCAUCCCAGUAUGGGUCUGGGUAUCAUGGACAUGGAUACGAACACCGCCAUGGGCGUGGGCAUGGAUAUGAACAUGUACACAAAUGCAGUGGGAGUCAUGACCCCUACCACUGCUUCGCCUUAUGGUGAGCUCGGCGGAAAAAAUUUCAAUUUUAAUUCAUAUCUCAGGCCACCUAAUGUCGCGAUGUCGCAUAAAAUUUGGUCUGCUGUCCCGUCCACUGACACAAUUGUUACUGCUGGGACUACCAGUAUCUCCAGCACUCGUCCAAUUGCGAUUCCUCUGCCCAAGUGCCAAUUUCGUUCGGCUCCCCAGUUCGCUUUGAGUCCAUCGAUGUACUCUAGCCCUCCUGAACAACCGUGGGCUUCAUAUUACUACUCAGCAUCACCUGCCACAUCGGCGUCAUCAAUGAGCGCCCAGAGUGAUGACUUUUUUGUUUAUCGGCCUUUCAAUGCUGUGAAUUCAUCGCAGCCAACUCCAGCGUCGCCCUCGCCAAGCACUCCUGGCUCUGCUCCAUCUCCAGCAAACUUGAUUGACAAAGCCCCCGUUGCGGGGUCUCCCUUGGUUCAGCGUCUAGGACGAAAGAAACUUACCCAUUCGUUUGAAUGCCAGAAAUGUGGCAAGUCAUUCACUCGCGGGGCCGACGUCAAACGACACGAAUCAAGCGUUCACUCUCCUCAACCAAUGGAUUGCCCUGUUGAGAAUUGUGUUCGCAAAGGUAGCAUUGGUUUCCCACGUCGUGACCAUCUCAUGGAACAUCUGCGCACCUUCCACAAUCACGAUAUUCCCAAACGUAAUGGGAACAGGAAGCGCAAGGCUUGUUCCAUACUCGAAGACUGA